AAGAAGAGCAAUUUGCUGAAGAUUUUACUCCCAAUUACAGCAUGUCUGCUGCUAGUCGCAUUCGGAGCCCUCGUCUGCACAUGUAAAAGAAGAGGCGAACGCCAAAAGAAGAAAGUUCAGAAGAGAAUAAUGCUGGACUACUUGAAUUCCGCGGAUGAAGCUGGGGAUAAGAAUAUAGAGUUCCCAUUUAUUAGCUUUGAAAACAUCGUCACAUCAACGGACAAUUUCUCUGAUUGCAAUAUGCUUGGGCAAGGAGGUUUUGGCAAAGUAUAUAAGGGAAUGUUGGAAGGCACCAAGGAAGUAGCCAUCAAGAGACUUAGCAAGGGUUCUGGGCAAGGGACAGAGGAGUUCAGAAAUGAAGUAGUCUUGAUUGCAAAGUUGCAGCACAAGAACCUAGUUAAGCUUAUUGGUUGUUGUAUUCAUGAAGAUGAGAAGCUGUUAGUUUAUGAGUACUUGCCCAACAAAAGCUUGGAUUACUUCCUCUUUGACGCUACAAGAAAAUCAGUGCUUCAGUGGCUGACAAGGUUCAAGAUAAUCCAGGGGGUCGCUAGAGGAAUGAUGUAUCUCCAUCAGGACUCAAGGUUAACUAUAAUCCAUAGAGAUCUGAAAGCAAGCAACAUCUUGUUAGAUAAGGAGAUGAGCCCAAAGAUAUCAGAUUUUGGCAUGGCUAGGAUAUUCUGUGGUGACCAGCUCCAAGCAAAUACUAACCGAGUUGUAGGAACAUAUGGUUACAUGUCUCCUGAAUAUGCGAUGGAAGGUACGUUUUCAGUAAAGUCUGACACCUACAGCUUUGGUGUUCUAAUGUUGGAGAUUGUAAGUGGUUUAAAGAUCAGCUCACCACAUCUUAUCAUGGAUUUUCCUAACCUUAUAGCAUAUGCAUGGAACUUGUGGAAAGAUGGGACAAUAGAAGAUUUGGUGGACUCAUCUGUAGUGAAGGAUUGCUCCCUCGAUGAAGUUUCACGAUGCAUCCACAUAGCACUCUUGUGUGUUCAAGACAGGCCGAACUGCAGGCCACUCAUGUCGGAGGUUGUGUUCAUGCUAGAGAACAAAACGACCUCACUUCCAACACCGAAGCAACCUGUAUAUUUUGCACUUGGGGACUACGAACCUGGAAAGUCCGGUGAUAGCAGGGAACCGUCCAUAAAUGACAUGAACCUCACUACACUAGAGGGCCGCUAGAUGCUUUCUUCUUUUACGUCUCUGGAGAGCACAAACCCCACCUGAAUUAUUCAUUGCAAAACUGUGUAUGGACAAGUGAAUUUCUUCUUGUUAGGUGGCUGUGAGCUUAUCAUGUGUGUAACACUGGAUUUGAUUGGACGGAUAAAAAUUUGUGAAUGAUAUUGUAGUGAGUGGUA